GAGACUACCUGCAAAGAUAACACAAAAUCAUAUUAGUACAGAGCUAACUAAGUACAAGUAGGCUACUAUGAGAAAUUCAACGUAUACUGUGGGUGGAAAAAAUAACAGAACUGUCUCCUGCCUCGCCACACAUCCCAUCAGACAUGCCCAUUCACAUCAGCCGAGUUGGAGAAAGUCCAGUGGCGGAGUGUGGAAUCUCCUACUGCGAGAGCAGUCUCCUCCGGGUGCUGAGCCAAAAGCAGAACAUCUUUUCAUCAUGAACACAGACAAAGAUCCUGAAUUUACCACCCCAGAGGGAAACAGGAUGGACAUCUGUAGUGAUGUCACAGACGUGAAGCCACAGGAGGAGGAAGAAGAGAGGGAAGAUAACUCAUUCAGUGAGAAUGGAAUGCAGUGUGCUGAAAGUUUAACGGACCCACUAGAUGCGAUAAAGACCGAGGCAGAGGAGAUGGAAGACAGCGAGCCGUACCCCAAGGCUGGAAAAGAAAGAGAGAUUGCGCUAAAAGAGGAAGCAGAGGGGGCCAGCGAGGACGGGACAGAGGAGGGAUUUGAUGAGGAGAGGACGGAGGAGGACGAUGAUGAGGAGAGGGACGGCGAGGGCGAUGAGGAGGGAGACAGCCUGAACGAGCCACAGGACCUGUCGCUGGCGGACUACUCGCGUUACGAAAGCGCGGCCCUGCCAGACACACACGAAGACGCCGCUGCCGGUGCUGAAGGGACCUACGUGCCUGGAGCCGGGGGCCCCCGCAUCCAGGCGACAGGCAAGCUCAACUGUGACAUCUGUGGCCUGUCCUGCGUCAGCAUCAACGUCCUGCUGGUGCACAAGCGCAGCCACACGGGUGAGAGGCCCUUCCACUGCACUCAGUGCGGGGCCUCCUUCACCCAGAAGGGAAACCUGCUGCGCCACAUCAAACUGCAUUCUGGGGAGAAGCCUUUCAAAUGCCCCAUGUGCAGCUACGCCUGCCGUCGACGCGAUGCUCUGAGCGGGCACCUGCGCACCCAUUCUGUAGAGAAGCCGUUUAAGUGCAACCACUGCAGUCGCAGCUACAAGCAGCGCAGCUCCCUCGAAGAGCACCGAGAGAGGUGCCAUGUGUACCUUCAGAGCAAAGGUCCCGCCGAGAGAGCAGAGGACAGCCAGACAUCCAGGACCCAGAUGGGCACUGAGCGUGCUCUGCUGCUCGACAGGCUCGCCAGCAACGUAGCCAAACGGAAGAGCUCAAUGCCACAGAAGUUCACCGGCGACAACGGCGUCUGCCUGGACCUGAGCUUUAACAGGGAUCUGGUCUACGGAAGUGACGUCAAGGACCCUCCGCCAGGCUCCCCGGGGCCCGACGCCCACCAUCAGCAACAAGCCAUCCUCACAGGGCCAGACAGCAACCCAGCUCCCUCCCGCAGGCCCUACCCCAUCCAGUUAAGCCGCAACGACAUCAGCCCCAUGGGCCUCACUAACGGCCACAAGAUGGGCAUGCCGCUCCUGGGCCCCCCUCACGCCGCCCAGCCACCCCUCGGCAUGGACUCGUUCCACACUGACGGCUCCCAGAUGUCGCAGCCUGUCAUGUACAGCUUAGGGCACCUGCUGGGGGGGCUGAAUCAUCAGAACGGCCUCCCUCACCCACACGCCCAGCCCAUCCCCUUGUCGGCAAUGGAGGCUUUACGGGUGGUGCGGGCCGACGGGGAGGGCGGAGCGCUGCCCGGACCGGUGUACCCCUGUGGCCACUGCAGGGUGAUCUUCCUGGACUAUGUCAUGUUCACCAUCCACAUGGGGUGCCACGGCUUCCGGGACCCGCUCGAGUGCAACGUAUGCGGCCACCGCAGUCGAGACCGUUACGAGUUCUCUUCCCACAUAGCCCGCGGCGAGCACCGCCUAGAACUGAAGUAGCUUUCAUUCAUGCUUGCGCGCACACACACACACACACAUGCACACACACACACACACACACACACACACACACACACACACACAUGCUCAGACAUUUAACACUGUAUGAGCACACACAGAUUUACUCAUAUAAGUAGCUGGUAGUAUCAGAAAUGAAAGCAUGAAGUAGCAGCUAUCUCUCUGUCUGUCUUUUGUAUGUGUGUGUGUGUGUGUGUGUGUGUUUGUGUGUGAGAAAGAGAGACAUUGAGAGAGACGUUAUAGGAGUGUGACGGGUAUCAGUGUUCUUAGUCAUACUAUACUCAUCUGAAAAGAUGGCCUGUAAAGUGUUAAUGGGGGAGUAAUUCUACUUCCUUUUCAUACAUACAUUUGUACUUAAUGAUCCCUGUCGUUUAUAUCAUUCAACCAAUAUGCCAUAUAUACAUUCAAAUGUUCAACAAAGUAGCAAAAGUGAAGUCAUUUGUUGUGUAUCUGCUGUUGGUUUUCUUCUGUUAUUUGUGUAAAGGUGUAAAAAUAAAAGAUAACCUCUCUUUUCCUUCAUCGCA